AGCACGCAACCUCCAAUAUAUAAUGCUGGAGGAAAUUGCAUAGAAAGAAUACUAAUGUAUCUUUUGCUUUGCUACAAACAGCUCUUUUCAUCCAAUUUGGCAAUGAAUUGAUAUGUUUCAUUUUUUAAAGAUAAUUUACAUGAAUUUGCAUGGUAAAAAAAUACCAAAAACCGCCGUCAGCCAUGCUGUCAAACAAGGGAACGUCAGUCCAAUAUCGAUCGCAAUGAAAACAAACAGAAAACAGGUGUAAAACGGUAGAGAUCUGCAAGGAAAAAUCAUUCCGUAAAUUCAGGAAAACUCAGCUUGCCAUCAUGUCUCAUCGUAAUUUAACCGAAUUGUUUCAUAUGCUACGAAACAAUGCUGUGCAUAACCGGAACGUUGGUUAUGAAAAUCACUCGGACAACGAAAAUCUGCUUGAGCCAGCGGGAAAAUCGAGCGAACAACCACGAUGGAUUGGAAAGUACGAUGAAGCGAACUAUUUGCUGUUCAAGAUUCAGGAACGUAUCAACGAGGUAAAAAAGCUUCAAACGGCAGAAGUUCGGUCGGUUCUGAGUGAUGAAAAUAACACCAGUAGCAGCACGACUGAAAGCUACAUGAUGGAAAUAAAACAGCUCAUUUGUAGGUGUCACGACAAUAUCAACUCUUUACGCCGAAUGGAUAAUGGGCUGGAGGAAAUUCUGUUAAAAAACAUUCAGAAGCACUGUUUGAUAAUGUUACAGGGCUUGACGGAGCAGUACCGGCUGCUGCAGGCACACAAAACAGCUCGCACUUUGAAAGCAAACGAGCCGGGUCUGUCUGGUGUCGGUCCGAGUGGUAUAGGGGGAAGCAGCAGCAGCAGCAGUAACAGCACGAUUAUUCGUAACACAUCAUCCAAUCCGGUCGACACGUUCGAUAACUUUCUGCAGAUGGAAUCGGAUGGGCGCGGUGCCGGCGCUGGUGCCAGCUUCGACGACGACGGGGACGAUCAGCAGCUGUUGGACGAUUUCUUUCAGCUGCCCGCCACCGGUCUCACCAUCAACCAGAAGCAGAUCAUGCUGAUACAGGCGGACAACACGAAGCUGCUGAAGAGCCGGGAGGACGAGGUGUUGCGCAUGACGAAUUCGAUAACCGACCUGAACGUCAUCUUUAAGGACAUCUCGAAGUUAAUACAGGAGCAGGGUACGAUACUGGACCGGAUCGACUACAACAUCGAAUCGGCACAGGUGCGCGUCAGUGACGGGCUGCGCCAGCUGCAAAAGUCCGAAUCGUACCAGCGCAAAAACCGAAAGAUGCAUUGCAUAAUGCUGCUAGCGUUCGCAAUUAUGUUUAUGAUAAUAUUAAUCAUCUUUACCAAGCUGUAAGCGUGAGACGCUACAUUCCAAACGGCACCGACAAUGGAUUACGGUAAGUCAGUGUUAUUUAUUAUUUUAUGUUCUGAUUCUAUCCUCUGAUACGUGUGCAGCCUUAUUUAUGUUUACUACUUUAAAUGUAAUUAUAAAAUAUUUCUUUCUACACG